AAAACGGUAUGAUCAGAGACAGGUGAAAGGUAGUUGUUCCAACUCCUCCGCCUGCUUUCGAUGCAUUCGAGGCUCCUCUAACUCUUCUUCUUCUUCUUCUUCAUCUUCAUCACUCCCACAUUUUCUCUCUCCUCUUCCACACUCAAACCACACACAGUGACACAGAGACCUCGCAAGUCGCUAACAAUGGCGAACCUCCUAAACCUCAAAGCCACCACAUUCCUCCCUUCACCACACUCUCUCCGCCUCACUCGCCAACAACCUCCCGCUCACCUCCGAUCCACCACCAGAAUCCGGGCCAAAAUCCGCGAAAUCUUCAUGCCGGCACUCUCCUCCACCAUGACGGAGGGUAAAAUCGUCUCCUGGAUCAAAUCCGAAGGCGAAAAGCUCUCCAAAGGCGACCCCGUCGUCGUCGUUGAAUCCGAUAAAGCCGACAUGGAUGUUGAGACCUUCUACGAUGGUUACCUCGCCAAAAUUAUUGUUGAUGAAGGUUUCUCCGCUCCUGUAGGGUCCGCCAUUGCUCUCCUCGCUGAAUCCGAAGCCGAAAUCGCUGACGCCAUUGCCAAAGCCAUGGAUUCUAAACCUAAACCUUCCGUUUCUAAUUCCGAUUCUCCGCCCUCCGCCUCCGUCGGCGCUCCGGUGGAGGAGAAGAAAGAAAUUGUUACUCCUCCGGUGGUGAAGGAGGGUGGUUUAAGUGUCUCUACUCAUCCGGCGUCUGAGGCGGGGAAGAGAGUGGUGGCGUCGCCGUAUGCGAAGAAAUUAGGGCAGGAAUUUGGGAUUGAUUUGAGGAGUGUUGUUGGGAGUGGACCUCAAGGGAGGAUUGUUGCUAAGGAUGUUGAGGCUGCAGCUGCGGCCAAGGUUAUGGUGGCUGAUGCGGUGGUUUCGAAGGAUGUUACGGUGUUGAAGACGGUGGAAUUGGGGGAAACGGUGGCGUUUACGACAAUGCAGAAUGCUGUGAGUAGGAAUAUGGUGGAGAGUCUUAGUGUCCCUACAUUUAGGGUUGGGUACACUAUCACUACUGAUGCUCUUGAUGCUUUGUACAAGAAGUUGAAGCCGAAGGGGGUGACAAUGACGGCAUUGCUAGCAAAGGCAACAGCUUUGGCAUUAGUUAAUCAUCCAGUGGUGAAUUCAAGCUGUAGAGAUGGAAAAAGUUUUACUUACAAUAGUCGUAUCAAUAUUGCGGUCGCUGUGGCGAUGGAUGGUGGGUUGCUUACCCCAGUGCUCCAAGAUGCUGAUAAGGUUGAUAUCUACACACUUUCAAGAAAGUGGAAGGAGUUGGUUGACAAGGCUCGGGCCAAGCAGUUACAACCUCAAGAAUACAAUUCAGGUACUUUCACCUUAUCUAACCUUGGAAUGUUUGGUGUGGACCGCUUUGAUGCUAUUCUUCCACCUGGAACUGGAGCAAUUAUGGCUGUUGGUGCAUCCCAACCAAAUGUUGUUGCCAGUAAAGAUGCUCGGAUAGGCAUGAAGAACCAGAUGCAGGUGAAUGUUACCGCUGAUCAUCGUGUUAUAUAUGGUGCUGAUCUUGCUGCUUUCUUGCAAACUCUAGCUCAAAUUAUUGAGGAUCCUAAAGAUCUUACACUAUAGUUUAACCAACCCCUUUUGAACUUGAGACAUAACUGCCUAGUACCGAGAUUUUCGUUCCUCAAAUGAUGCUUCCCAAAUUACAACAAUUGCUGGUAACCAUGUGGAGAUUGUAGGAUACAUGAAAAAAGCUUAUUAAUGUGGAACACUGCUAUAUUUUUGUCCCCCAAAGAAGUGCCUGUCUUCUGUUUUUCUCUACUGUUAGUCUCCUAGAAACCCGAGAAGUUUGGAUUGUUGUCCAUCCAUUGUCAUUGUCAAAACCUGUUCCAUGUAUCAAUGUCUUUUAGUAGUUCUAAGACUACAUGAAUAUUCAACCGUUUUAGAACUAUUGACUGAAAAUGUCCAAUAUAAUGCCUACUUCCAAUUGAAAUUCCCUGUUUGUCAA